UCCGCUUACAUUCUCAUUUCACAGUAUAGAAUGCCUUAUAAUGCGUUUCCAUUAAAUAUUAUGCACUGUUAACAAACUAAAUAUUUAUUACCAAAUUCUUAUAAAUUAAUUCAAAUGCAAUUUGUAUAUUUCACAUAUAUUAUUUCAUAUAAAAUUUUUAAAAAAUGUAUACUUGGUAGUACACGACAGAAGUGUACUUGGUAGUUUCAAGACAAAAUUAGGGUAAUUGAAAUAGAAGCACUUGAAGGUUAAAAAUGGUCUAUAAAAGCUUUAACUAAACUAUGUUGCAUUUAAUAUUAUUAUAAAUAUAAAUAUAUAACGAUAAAUACUUAAAACAUUGCUUUAAAUUGAGAAUAUUUUGUAAUAUGAAUGUUACUUUGCUAAAUCGAUUAUACAGUUCCAAUACUUCCAAUUCUAUUAAAUGGAAUUCAAGAUUGAUCAGAAAUGAAUUUCUAAAUUAUUUUAAAGACAAUUUAGAGCAUACUUUUAUACGAUCAAGUCCAGUUACACCGCUCAAUGAUUCUUCAAUUCCAUUUGUAAAUGCUGGCAUGAAUCAAUUUAAGGGGAUCUUUUUGAAUUAUUAUGAUCCACCUGCAACAAAAGUUACAAAUUCUCAAAAGUGUAUUAGAAUUAGUGGAAAGCAUAAUGAUCUCAGCAUAGUUGGAAAUGAUACUUACCAUCAUACAUUCUUUGAAAUGUUAGGAAAUUGGUCUUUUGGGGAUUAUUUUAAGGAGGAAGCUUGUCUUUAUGCAUGGAAUUUGUUGACAAAGCAUUAUGGUAUUAAAGAAAGUAGUUUGUAUGUAACAUACUUUGGUGGAAAUAAGCAGUUAGCAUUAGAGCCAGAUUUAGAAUGUAGAGAUAUCUGGUUAAAUAUUGGUGUUACCAAAGAUAAAGUUUUGCCAUUUAAUAUACAAGAUAACUUUUGGGAAAUGGGAGUUUGCGGACCAUGUGGUCCUUGUACAGAAAUACAUAUAGAUCAUAAAAAUCAUGUAUCAAGUCAAUCUAUGAGAGUUAAUAGAGGAUACUCAGAUCUCACAGAGUUAUGGAAUAUAGUUUUUAUACAAUAUGAACGAUUAAUGGAUGGUACAAUAAUACCUCUAUCAAAGCAUCAUGUGGACACUGGUAUGGGAUUUGAGAGAUUAGUUGCACUUUUACAAGGGAAGAGUUCAAAUUAUGAUACAGAUCUUUUUAAACCACUUUUUGAAGCUAUCCAAAAGUACACAAAAGCACCAGGAUAUACAGGACAAUUUUUUAAUGAUAAUGAUAUUGAUAAUGGUUAUAGAAUAAUAGCAGAUCAUAGUAGGAUGAUUACUGUUGCUUUGGCAGAUGGAAUGAUACCGGAAGAAAAUCCUAAACUUAGAAAAAUUAUAAGGAAAGUAAUUGAUACAAGUGAGAAAAUAUUUAAGACAGAAAACAUACUUCCAGAACUUUCAUAUACAGUGGCAGAUACUUUAGGUGACGUAUAUCCAGAAUUGCAAACUAGUCUUAAAAAGGUACAAAAAAUUGUUGAAUUUGAAGAAGAUUUAUUUAAACGAUUGAGAAAAAACUCUGGUAAAGAAUGGAAAAAGAUAAUUGAAAAUAGACCUGAAUUAGCAUCAGUUACUGAUUGGAUGGCUCCUGGUUUAUUAAAUGCAUAUAAGUAUCUACAAACUAUAGUUAAGGAUUUGAAAGCAACUAAAACGUUACCAGGAAAUGUUGCUUUUAAAUUGUAUGAUACAUAUGGUUUAAAUGCGGAAACAAUAACCGAACUUGCAGAAAUUGAAUCCCUACAAUUUGAUAAAGAAAUUUUUCAAAAUGAAUUGCAAAAUGUCAAAUAUCAAUCAAAAAUGGGUGUAGAUAAGAGUACUGAUAUAGUUCUGAAAAGAUUUAUAAAUCUCCUUGAAAAAAAUGAUGUAGCCGAAACUGAUGAUACAUUUAAAUAUGAAUAUGUGUUUGUUGGAAAUAAUUAUGAGUUUCCUCCAAUUGAAAGUAAAAUUGUAGCAAUAAUAGUAAAUGACAAUUUAAUAUUAAAUAAUACAAGUAAUGCUAUAAAUAAAAAGAUUACAUUGAAUAAAAAAGAUGAAAUUGGAAUUAUAUUGGAUAAAACAAAUUGUUAUUCACUAGAAGGAGGCCAAGCAUCAGAUCAUGGGACCGUUUUCAUAAAUGACUUAAUUUUCGACAUAAAUAAUGUCCAAAAGAGGAACGGCUAUGUUAUACAUUUUGGCAAACUUGUAAAUGUUGAUUGCAAAGAUUUAAAUACAAAAAUGAAAAUUGGAGACAAUUGCAUGGUAUCCAUCAAUUCUGAUCGUAGAAAAGGAUUAAUGCAACAUCAUACUGCUGCACAUUUGUUGAAUGCGACUAUGAAACAAACUUUACAAGCUGUGUAUUCGCGCAAUUCUGUUAUUCUUCCACAUACUUUGAGAUAUCAGUUUAUUUCUUUUGGAGAUAAACUAUCCUUUCAGCAGAUUGAACAGAUUGAAAAAUCCAUAAAUGAUGUUAUAGAAGCUAAUGUUUUUGUUAGAACAAAAAUGUUAAAUUCAUCUGAAUUAUUGGCUGAAGACUUUGUGACACUAACACCAGGAGAAGUGUAUCCUUAUACAGAUAUUCAAGUUGUAGAAAUUGAUACCACUGACUUAAAAUCAAAAGAAGCAUGCUGUGGUACACAUAUACAUAAGACUGGAAUGUUGGAACACUUUUGUUUUUUAAAUUAUCAUUCAAAAGGAGUAGCCAAUUUUACUGUUAAAGGAGCUGUAGGGAAAUUUGCUAGAUCUGUUAGGAUGACAGGGGAAAAUAUGCAACAACAAAUUUUGAAUUUAAAAAAUAAAGUGAAAUAUGAAAAAUUUGAAUAUGAAACAUUUCAAUCUAUGAGCAAAAAGAUAAUAAAUGAAAUAAACGAUCUUAAUGAAGAAGUACCAUAUCUCAUUAAGAUAGAAUGUUUAAAACAAAUAGAAGAUUUGAAUAAAGAUGUUUGGAUACAAGCAAAAGAAGCAGAAAAGUCUGCUAUAAUUUUGGAAGUUAAAGAUAGACAAUCAGAUUUCUUCAUUGUUCAUUGUUUAUAUAAUAAUCCCGCGUAUAUAUCGCUUCAAGAAAUUACGUCUUCCUUCUCAAAUAUUCCCACAUUAAUUAUGAUAUGUUACAAUGGAACAAUAAAAGCACGAUGCUCUGUACCUCAAGAAGUUGCGUGCAAUACGUUUAACGCACAAACGUGGAUGAAAAUAAUACUUGAAAUUUUCAAUUCAGAAUAUGUUCCGGUCAAAGGCUCUAAUCCAUUAUUAGUUGCUAAUAUGAAGUCAACAAAUGUAUCAAAUUUGUCAUCAGAAGAUUUAUUACUUAAUGCCAUUAAUGCAGCAAAAAAAUUUGCAUCUACAAGCAUAAAGAGAGUGUAAAUGUAUUUAUUAUUAAAUUGUAAAAUAAAUGAUGAAAUGUGUAUUAUAUUA